UCUCGACGUUUGGCGAACCUCCUUCUUUUCCGGUACGCUCAUUUGGGUGACCGUGUCUUUUAGUUUUAGCUGCAGUUGAAUCUUUCUCCAUCUUCCACAAUGAAGAUUUAUAAGGAUAUUUUCACCGGGGAUGAGAUGUUCUCUGAUACCUACAAAAUCAAGCUGGUAGAUGAUGUGCUAUAUGAAGUAUAUGGCAAGUUAAUUACCCGCAAAUCAGGUGAUGUCGAAAUUGCUGGUUUUAAUCCUUCUGCUGAGGAAGCUGAUGAAGGCACUGAUGAGGCCGUAGAAUCUGGCGUAGAUGUCGUAUUGAAUCAUCGCCUUCAGGAAACAUUUGCCUUUGGAGAUAAGAAAUCUUAUACGUUAUACCUUAAAGAUUACAUGAAAAAAUUAGUAGCAAGGUUGGAAGAAAAGGCACCUGAUCAAGUAGAGGUGUUUAAAACAAAUAUGAACAAAGUUAUGAAAGAUAUCCUAGGGCGCUUCAAAGAGCUGCAAUUUUUUACCGGAAUUUCAAUGGACAUCGACGGAAUUGUCGGCCUCAUGGAAUACCGUGAAAUCGAUGGCGAAUCUGUGCCUGUACUCAUGUUCUUCAAGCAUGGUCUUGAAGAAGAGAAAUUCUAAGAAAUUCCUUAGAUAUUCAAUAAAUUCUGGACAAAUUUUGUAAACAGAAAAUCAAGACUGCACACAUGCUGAAAAGCUGUGAAAUUUAGUUAAAAAUUGAAACGAAUCAGUUCGACUUCCAAUCUUAAUUUGCAAUGCAAUUACUUUAAUAGUAUAUUAAAUAAAAUCUCCGUUAGCGAUUACUUGAUAAAGAAUUGUACAUACUCUGUAUAACGUGAAGGAAAGUGGCAACAGAAUUUUUUAUAGCAAUGUAUUAAAAAUCAGUUGCGAGAUGUAUGUAACAAUGUUAUUCGUUUUUUUUUUUUUUUUGUCAUUCGUGUUAGACAAUCUUAUUUAUAUCAAAAAAUAGUAACAAAAAUGGAAGAUGGGGAAAGAACUUGCAGUGAUGGACUUACAUCAAUGAUGUAAUGUUUACAAUUACGUUAAUGUCCAUAUCAAUGAACAACAAUUUCUGAACUAUAUUCGACUUAAUGUCCAUCGUAAAUAAAAAUUUUUUCCACAGUU